CGGCGCUGAUAACGCGACUUAAAUUACCUACUAUCGGAAUAACCUAGCAUUAUCAGCUUCAGCUGGUCGUCGUCUCGCCGUGUAAAACCGUCUUACACUACUAAGCGCACACGUUGGGGAAAGUGGAUUUUGCCUGCUGAUAGAAUGACGGACUUCUUGAGGUCACCGGUUUUCCAGUUAAAAGCAAUAGAGCUGUUGCUGGGGCUAGUAGGGAUCGCAUUCAUUUUUACAGCUGCUCUUCCCUCCACACAAUCGGUUUUCCUAACCGAGAUCGUCCACUUCACCCUCUUCAGUUACUUGAUGCUAGAUCUUCUAGUAAUCGGGGGGUACUUCCUCAGAGAGCCCGUCUCCAAAUUCUUGGUCAUGUUGAUCAACCUGAGCGGUGCACUCUUCAGCCUAGUCUCCGGCAUUGUCCUGAUCGUGGGAUGGUCUCAACAAGACUUGACACGACUACUGUUCUCAGGAAUCGUAACCAUCAUCAACGCAUUGGCCUACGCCGCCGAUUCCUACUACAUCAUCAGGUUCAACACUGACUGAUAUUCCACCUGUGUCCUUUGUGUACAUACUCGUAUUAAUGUGUUCCCUAAGUAAUUUGUAAAUAGAAUCAAUAAAUGUAUGUUUCUCCCACUA